GUGAAGGAGCAAGUGGAGGCGAGAAACGAACUGGAAGGUUACGCAUAUUCGUUGAAGAACCAGAUCGGUGACAAAGAGAAGCUGGGCGGAAAAUUGGACGAGAGCGACAAGAAGGAGAUCGAAAGUGCCAUCGAUGAAGCCAUUUCAUGGCUCGAUAGCAACAAGGGUGCCUCUGUCGAGGAGUUGCAAGAGCGUAAGAAGAAUCUGGAGAGCAAAAUACAGCCGAUCAUCAGCAAACUCUACAAGGAUCAAGGCCCACCACCGCCAGGCGCCGCACCGACCGAAGAAAAGGACGAGCUUUAG